AUGCAGCGGCACCUCACUGGCGGCCUCAAAUAUGAUGAUUCAGGCAACCUUUAUCGGGACACUUCAGGGGAGAUUCGAUCAUACGUCGGAAACAGCUCCGAGGUCCACGAUGCUUGGAACGUUUUCGAUGCAGUCCAGACUGUCCAGAUGCGACCAGAAGAUGUCAAUAAAGCUGGCCUAUUCGUCGACAAUCGCCCUAUGGUCGUAACCAUACUCGAUGUAUUUCAUCAACUCCAUUGCUUGAACCAAGUGCGCAUGGCCCUUUACGACGGUUCCAGUUUCGUGGAACUGGACGCGAAGCGUCGAAUGCACGUCGAUCACUGUAUCGACUAUAUCAGACAAAUGAUUGAGUGUAGAUCCGACAUGACGCCGCUGAAACUAUAUUACAGUGAGCCAGCAGGCAGGAUGAUGGUCGAUUUCGAGGGUGAUCGUACGUGCAAGGACUUUGAUGCGGUACGGGACUGGGCAAGGCAGCACCGUGCGACAAAGAUCGCAAUCUAA